AUGGUCGUCACCUUAGAUCUCGACGACUGUACCUCAAACCCCUCUACAAGGCGGACACUUUCCAACCUAUCACUAGCUGUGGCUAAGUGCAAGAAGGUCGUAGUCGUGACCGGUGCUGGAAUAUCUUGCUCAUGCGGCAUCCCAGAUUUUCGCUCCUCAGAUGGCUUGUAUGCACUCGUGAAGCAGCAAUACCCUGAUAUUGUCCUGAAGGGGCGCGACUUAUUCGACGCGUCUCUGUUUCGGGAUCCAACAUCGACCUCCGUAUUCUACACGUUCAUCUCGCAGCUAAAGCGCUCUAUCGACUCUGCGUCACCGUCCCCGACACACCGAUUCAUCAAGACGCUUGAUACCAAACGCAAGCUUCUCCGGUCAUACACGCAAAAUAUCGACGCGUUAGAAGAGAGAGCGGGCUUGGUGGGCAGCUCGAGUGAGGAGGUGAGGACGAACGGCAAGGGAAAGGCCAAGAUCAAGGUCAAGGAAGUCCGAAAUGUCCAACUGCACGGCGAUAUCCAUCGUGUUCGGUGUACCUUCUGCUCUGCUGAGUUUUCCUGCACCGAGGAGCAUCUCGGGCAGUUCAACACUGGCAUCCCUCCGGACUGUCCUGAGUGUAUAACGCGCUCCAAGGCCCGCAUAGCACGUUCAGCGCGUGCUCUCAAGGUAGGGACGCUCCGGCCGGCUAUCGUCCUCUACGACGAGCCCCAUCCUCUCGGAGACGAUAUAGGAAGCAUGCAAUCUGCGGAUAUCAGUCGCAAGCCCGAUAUGCUCAUUAUUAUGGGCACCUCUUUGAAAGUCCAUGGGUUCAAGAAACUAGUUAAGGACUUCGCACGCGCCGUACACGACUCGGCGCCGUCAUCGUCCCCCAUAAACGCGAGAAAGAUGACAGGAAAGGUCAUUUUUGUGAACAAGACGCCGCCUGGUGCUGAGUGGGAGGGCAUCAUUGACUAUCACGUCAUCGGAGAGACCGAUAAGUGGGCAGAGAGAGUUGUAGAGGAGUGGAAGAAAUUGAGACCUGCAGAUUGGGAAGUGCAGAAGAAGCUCGUUACGACGGGCGACGUGGAGACUUCUGGAGCGCUGAGCGUUGCGAAGGAUAUCACCAACACCAUCACGCAAGGGAAGGGUAAAGGUGGUAAACGGAAACCCGGAUCCGCCCCUGCUCGACGAGAGCAUGUACUGCUCUUAGACGACCUAUCUACUCUGCCACCUUUACCACCGUCACCAGGCUCGCCCGGGAAGCGUCGUCAGUCUGACUGUCAUUACGAUGUCGAGUGCAGUCCUUCCAAAAAGCGGGACGCUGGGGACAAGAGGGAGGGAGUUGUUUUGAAGGAACGUGGGCUGCUCUUCGGGAGUACUACGAAGGCCAAAAGCAGCGAGGUGAAUGAUUUUGACCUCGGCUCAGAUAUGCCUUUAUCGAAGGUGAGCAAAGCUGCAAAGGUCAGAAUGCCAAAGGCGAAAGUCGAAGUGGUAGUAGAACCGCCGCUAGUUCCAAAGCGGGCCUCGAGGAAGAGGAAACUCAUCAUAGAGCAGGAUCGGUAA